GUCCCCAUCUUCUUCCCUGCUCUGCUUAAUCAGAUACUCUUCUGCCAAAAUGAAGGCUGUGGUCCUGGGGUUGCUUUUGCUCUCUUUCUUCCUGGCUAUCUCUGAAGUAAAAUCUGAAGGGGCUCCAGUCAGACUCUGCGGGAGAGACUUUGUCAGGGCAGUCGUCUUUACCUGUGGAGGAUCCCGCUGGAGAAGACAACUGAAUGGCUUCCCAAAUGGUCUCAUAGAUCAAGACGUUCACUGUCAUUUAUCAGUUGUUAUCAAUAUCUCAACAGGUACUGAGGAAAAUUAUAUCCAGAAGCCGGAGUCGCAAAGCAAAGAAUUCAUCCAGUCCAGGGCGGAGACUGAAAGAGAUCUGCAAGGCCAGCAACAAAAGUCUAUCCAUAAAAGGCAUGAGGAUGUGAUGCAACUCACAAUCUCUUGCUGUGCUGUUGGCUGCAGCGAAAACUCUAUAAGUACGCUAUGCUAA